CAAAUUGCAAUUAAAACUUUUCUUCAUUGUUUGUGAUAUCGUUAAAAAAUUGUUUCUGGAUAUUGGGGAAAGCUCAAUACAAGGCGGCUUUCCUGUUGAUCAAUUCUGCAAUCAUGUUAAGAGCAUGGACAGCUUGGAAUGCUUUAUCAUCAACGAAGGAAGCGGCUUAGGGCGAAUGUUUAAAACGGCGAAUCCUGUGCGUGACCGAAUAAUCGAGAAAACAUUUAAAGCCCUGGAGCACUUACCGAAAUUGAAGAGCAUUAGUGUAACGUGUGGAUCCAACAGUUACAACGCGAGCUGCUUGAUUCAGAUGAAAUGCCUGCAAGAGAUUUCACUAAAUACCAAAAUAGCUGCAGAGGAUCUUGUUGAGAUAUGCAAAUCGAAUGAAAAUCUGCGUGUUUUAUGGCUACGAGAGGUUGUCGGAGAGCUAAAUGAUAUUGCGCCGCAUUGCCAGAACCUGCAAGAAAUUGUUUUUCCAAUGUUCAGUAGUCACACAACAUACGCUGGACUUGCUAAGCUGCCGAAUAUAAAAAAAAUUGUCAUUAAAUCCACAAAUUCAACUUCGCCUUGCGCCAAGCUGAUAGAGCUCUUCAGCGCAUUUGCCGCUCAAGAGGAAAAAACCCAAUUACAGAGCUUGAUAUUGCUCUCGAGUUUGAAUUUUGAAGAGACCACUAAACUAAUCGAAUUGAAAUUCUUAAAAGAACUGCGCUGUUCAUUCGAAGAUGCUAGCUGCAUCGAUCUCUUGACCGAUCUAACUGAACUGGAAGGUCUUUACAUAAUGCUGGGGCGCUCUGGAGCUGGCUCCAAGGAAUGCUUAAAUGUUCUCAGAUCUUGCAAAAAACUGCAGCGUCUGCACAUAAAUGCUAAUCUAUCGACAGACUUCGUAGAUAAGGUGCUGGAAGUAUUACGAAAGGUUCGCAAUGCCGAAAAGCAAAAGCCAUUACAAUUGUAUUCCACAGGUGUUAUGCAUCUAUGCGAGGAAGGAGAGGAGAAACUGGUUGACAAUAAAUACUGUACUAUAGUGAAUCACUCAGAGUAUCUACGUCCAUUGCCCUGGAGACUUUCAAUCUAAGUAUGGAAGAGAUAAGAACUAUACAAUGCCAAAUAGGGCAAUGCUUUAUCUAAUCAAUAAAAACACGGCAAAUAUAUUUAUUACUUUAACAAGCCGAUUAAUGAAAAUGUUCGCGUAUCGCUGAGAAACACACCAGUUGUAAUAGAGGUGUAGAAGCUAUAAGACGUAUAAUAUGGAAUCGAAACAGUUGAAUAUAAUGGAUUUAAAUAACUAUUGUUUUGGUCGCAUACUUAAGUAUCUGGAAAUUGAAGAUCUUGUUAGUUUUGGAGAAACCUGCAUGCGUUUUCGAGAGGUCUUAGGAGAGUGGAUUAAUGUGCUCUACCCAGAGUUCAAGAUCGAGGACUGUUACGAUUUGAAUGAUAUUGAAUGGGAGUUAAAACUGUUUUUCAUAGUUCGUGGCGCCAUUAAAAGAAUGAAGUUCGUUAUUGGACAACCAGUAGCUUUUCCUGUGAAUAGAUUUUGUAAUCAUGUGAAGAGCAUGGAUAGCUUGGAAGACUUUACUAUAUACAUAGGAUAUCAAAAGGUAUGGCAAUUCGGAAUUAUAGACAAAGUAUUGAGUGCCCUGACGAGUUUACCGAAAUUAAAGAGCCUUAUUUUUAGCUGUAACACACAAAGAUUCGACGAGUGCAAAUUAAUAAGGUUUAAUUGUCUGAAAGAGCUUGAAUUAUUUUAUGGAAUAGCUGUGAAGGAUCUUGUUGCCAUAUGCAAAUCGAAUGCAAAUCUGCGUAUUUUAAAAAUCGAAAUGGGCAACGGAGAGCUCAACGGAAUUGUGCCGCAUUGCCAGAAUUUGGAAGAAAUUUGCUUUCCAAUUAGUUGUUCAUCAUAUGCUAGACUUGCGGAGCUGCCCAAUAUAAGAAAAGUUGUCAUAUAUAACGGUUGUUCAACGUCGCCCCCUUGGCCCAGGCUCAUGGAGUUUUUCAGCGCAUUUGCCGCUCAACAGCAAAAAACCCAAUUAGAAAGCUUGAUAUUGUACCCAAGAAUUAACUUCGAAGUUACCACUAAGUUAAUCGAAUUGAAAUUCUUAAAAGAACUGCGCUGUUCAUUCGAAGAUGCAAACUGCAUCGAUCUCUUGACCGAUCUAACUGAACUGGAAGGUCUUUACAUAAUGCUGCCUCGUAAUGGACCUGGCGGCAAUGAAUGCCUGAAUGUUCUCAGAUCUUGCAAAAAACUGCAGCGUCUACAUAUAAACUGUAAGCUGUCGAUAGAGUUUAUAGUUGAUGUUUUGGAUGUAUUACGACAGGUGCGCAAUGUCGAAAUUCAAAAGCCAUUACAAUUGUGCUCCAACAAGUAUUGGGAUCCAUCGAAUGAAGAGGAGGAGAAACAGGCUAACAAUGCCUAUUGUACCAUAAUGGAUUCCAGAUAUUUUAGGAUCAUAUAAAAUGUUGCAUAGGAGUCAAGCUAUGGGCUAUCAAGGUUUGCAAGAACAAAUCAAUUUAUCAUUUUAACAAUUAAGUCUUGAAAGUGCCUCGCAUAUUUCUGUGCUGAUAUGAUAUAUAGGCUAGCGAAUUAGCCAGCCAUUCAUUCGACAUAAAUCUACGCGAAAUAAUGAAACAUUAAAAAUUACAAAAACUGGCACCCGCCCAGACAUAUCCGUCUGCAGACGUGACGUCACAAAAU